UGGGGACUGCUUUACCUGUCCAGCAUCUCAGACAUGCAUGAGGAAAACAUAUACAACUCUCUGCAGUGGGAUGAUCCACCACCAAACCCUAACCAGACAUGUCUGUCUUCUGCCAAAUGUUCAGGAACAUGGUGUCUUGCGAUGGGGAUUUCAUGUAUUUUCUGCAUGGGAUUUUUAACAACUGCCAUUUUCUUGGGCAUCAUGUUGUUUCAGGUGUCCACUAUUGCAAUGAAGCAGCAAGAAAAACUCAUGCAACAGGAGACAGCACUGCUAAACUUUACACAGUUGGAGAGAAACCCUUACCUUCAGAUGACACGUUGCCAGACCUUGAUGCAAAACUCUUACACUUCAGCCUGUAACUGCAGCCCAUGUGCAGUCAACUGGAUUCAUAAUGGAGAAAGUUGUUACCAUGUAUUUGAAAGUUGGCAACUUUGGAACACCAGUGAAAAGAAGUGUUCAGAGAAGGGAUCCACACUUCUACAAAUCAACAGCAAAGAAGAAAUGGAUUUUAUCACUGGCAACUUGAGGAAGAUCAAAGGAGGCAAUGAUUACUGGGUAGGUCUGUCUCAGGACGGACCCAGCAGACCCUGGCUCUGGCAAAAUGGCUCGUCUCCUUCUCCUGACUUGUUGCCAGUACAGAAAUUCCAACCAACUAAUCAGGCUUGUGGAUACCUCAGAGAUAAUUCCCUUUUUACAGCUAACUGCAGCACUUGGAAGUUCUUUAUCUGUGAAACAUAUGCCUUAAGACCUUCUACUUGAAAGAAAUGGUGCUCAAAGUGAUCUAUUACUAUUUUUGAAACAGAACAUGGAAACACUCAUCACAAAAAGCCUAACAGCAAGUACAGAAGUAAAUCAAUGUGUGGAAAAUGAAAUAGUUCCUUGGAACUCAAAUUUGUUUUUGAGUUUAUACACUUUUAUAUUCAAUACUUUCAAAUUUCAUUUGCCGUGGUUCUAAUUGCCAAGAAUAAAUUUGAUUUAGAACUACCAAGGACAAAACCCUAAAGAGAACAAACUGAAGGAAAUCACUUCUAUUUUUUUUUUUUAGUACAGAGUAAUUGUAAAUUCCACCCAGAAAUCUAUACGUCAACGUGACAGGUGGUGCAGUUCUAGCUGAUGGAUAUUUCAUUCAAUAAAUUAAUUAAUUAACAAAUUGGGCCUUUUAAACCUGCUGUCUGCCAGAUCUUUUCUAUAUAUUGUCUAGGCUUUCAGACGUUAUAAAACUGAUAGGAUGGGAGGACAGAGAUAUGGAUCCGAGUUGGAAGGAGGGAGGCUUCCUUCAGCAUACUGUCAGAUAACACUCUUUUUAUGACUUCAGAAUUCUAGGAGAGAAUUAAACUAUUAUAAUGCCACAUAAAUGGAAGAAAUAGUGGAGAUGCCAGUGUCAGUAUGUCCCCCAGGGAAGGACAACCAUAAGCUUCCUCUCACUGACCAUCCUUACAACUCUAAUUGAACCAGGGGUCCUCAAACUGCAGCCCGUGGGUCACAUGAGGCGGUGUGAUUGUAUUUGUUCCCGUUUUGUUUUUUUACUUCAAAAUAAUAUAUGUGCAGUGUGCAUAGGAAUUUUUUCAUAGUUUUUUUUUUUUAAACUAUAGUCCGUCCCUCCAACGGUCUGAGGGACAGUGAAUUGGCCCCCUGUUUAAAAAGUUUGAGGACGCCUGGCUCUCGAGGUUAACACUCCAGCACUUUUAACUGCACCAUUCUCUCAGUGCUUCAGUUUCCUCAUUGUAAAAUAUUAAAAGGACUUACUUCAAAAUGUUGUUUGAGGAUUAAAUUAUAGAUAUAUGUAAAUACUGAGGGUGUUGUCUUGCACAGAGAUGAACGGUCUAUCCUUGCUUGCUACUGUCACCCACAGUACAUCACCAGUCAUCUCAAGGCAUUCUUACUUGUGAAUUCCAGUUAAUAAUGAUCCCUUUUCCUGCUCAUGUUGCAGAGAUAUUGAGAAGAUAAAGUUUAUAUGUAAAACAUCAACUCUCUGGUGAGAGUAUCUGUGUUAAAGUUAGUGAAUCCUACUCAAGUAAAUCUAUAGAUAAUUUCUGCUGUAAAUUUGAGUGUUCUUUUAAGCAUGGAAUAUUUUGUUCCCAAGAAACAGUUAAUAUGAAAGUUCCUGUGAUCUACAGGUAGAAAAGAUCCCCUAAUUAUUAUUGUAUUACUUUUUAUAACAUUAAUUACCCCUAGAACACC